AUGACUUCGUUCCUUGACUGCCUAAAGGCAGAUAGUCCCUCUAGCUCAGACAACACGAACAAAGUUCAGGUCAACGAUCGGCAGAGAUCUACUGCGUUGAAUUAUGCUCGCAAUAUUCAGUACCACAAAAGCAUGCAGGAGAGAGUUCUCGACCUGAUCGUCAACACUGUUGAUCUACCCUCACACUCUAAUGCCGAUCCAGCGCGACCGUUGGCAUCCGAUGCAGCAUUGUUCAAACGAGCGCUGACUCUUUUCCAGCCAAAAGAUUAUGAUGACAUAAUUCUCGAAAGGAAUAUCUACGAGAAGUGUGGCUACGCGUUGUGUCCCAAGCCAAAUCUGAAGCAAGACCGCGAUCUUAGGGAUCGAACCUUUCGGAGCAUGAAGCAAGGAUGCAAGUUUAGGCUGAACACGAAGGAAGAGCUUGAUAAGUGGUGCUCGCUGGAAUGUGCCGAACGGGCAUUGUUUGUUCGUCUACAGCUAAGGGCUGAACCUGCAUGGCUUCGAAGUACCCCUACGGAGGACGUGAGAUUACUCGAGGAGAGCGGGCAGAAGGCGGCGACAGAAGAUUUGGUAGGCACCAUGCAGGGCCUUGCACUAGAGGAGCCACUUGAUGUCGAUCUUGCUACCAGCUUGCAAAGUCUUGCGCUGGAUCAAGCUAAGAAAAAUGUCAUCCAAGACCGUAUUCACGCCUUGUCCAUAGAACGCGACAAGAAUCGAAGCACUGAGGUCGCCUCCGUAACCGCCACAGGCAUUAAAGAGAAAGAAACGUUUGAGAACCCUUCAGCACCAUCAGUGCCUCACCAUGCAAGUGACUCUGUGGAGGGUUAUCAGCCAAGAAACCUUCGUCUCGGUCAGCAAGCCGAGAGCAAAGGUUAUAACGACUUUGACAUGAACACGUGA